GGAUGCUUCAGGCCCAAAAGCUUAUUGGAUAUCUCAAGCGGGUAUGCGCCCAUAUAAUUUAAGCGAUGCUACCACUUGACAACACUAGUAUGUCAGUAGUGACAGCCAUAGGUUUUCGGCAGUUGGCGCAGUGUACGGAAACUCAUCCACUGGCAGUAUAAGUAUACUGUUUCUGCCUGAUCAUGAUCCUAAUUAUUCACAACCAUGAGUAUCUCGCAAAGUAGGGACAUUUGGCUUGCCUUUAAGGACCUCUGCCUCGCAGUGCCCCUAUCAGGCACAACGGCCGGUGUCUCAGUUCUGAUACUGGCGUCGCUCUAUCUCCUGCAAGGGUAUCGCCAAAGACGACGAACGACACGCCUACGAGGACCUCCGAGCCCAAGUCGGAUGUGGGGCUUCUCCAAGGUAGUGCUAGAUCCUGCCGUCGCCACUGAACUGUAUGAACAGUGGGCCGAUGAGUACGGCCCAGUGUUCAAAGUCCCCCUCGUCUUGGGAGAGUCCAAGGUCGUACUAUGGGACCCCAAAGCCAUCUCUCAUUUCUUUGCAAAAGACACUUGGUCGUAUAACCAAACUCCAUUCAACAAGAUCGCUGGUGCAAUGACCGUUGGACGAGGAGUUCUGUGGGCCGACGGUGAGGGUCACAAAAGGCAGCGCAGGGCUCUCAACCCUGCCUUUAGCGCAGCUGCCAUCCGCAACUUGACGUCUGUUUUCCAAGAUUCCGCUCACAAGGCAGUGAUCGCUUGGGAAGCUGAGAUAGCAUCGAACCAAGGAGCUCAAAACGCUGUAAUUAAUGUUCAACAAUGGAUGAAUCACAUCUCACUCGAUAGUGUGGGCAUAGCUGUUCUGUCCCAUGACUUCGGCGCACUCAACGGAACUCACUCCGAGGCCGCGGAGGUCCUGAACGCGUUUGGUUUGUCUGGAAACGCUGCCCACAGCUUGGUUAUUUUGGCACAAAAUUUUCCUUCCAUCCUGAAGCUACCAUUGCCUCGCACACAGUUCGCACAGAAGCUGAAUUUGAUCAUCGGCAAAAUAUGCGAGGAGAUAUUAGGGCGGUCGCGCAAGGAGAAAGAAACUGCCGGCGCUGUGCAGGGGGACAAAUCAUGUUUGGGUCUGCUCCUGAAAGCGGAGGGCGCGGGAUUGUCACAUCAAGAAGUAUCAGCUGAGGCAAAGACUCUACUUGUCGCCGGCUUUGAGACCACUUCAAUCAGCAUGACAUGGUCAUUGGUAGAACUUGCGCGCAAUCCAGACAUGCAGACGAAGCUUCGCAACGAGUGUCUAGAGUUCGGGGCAACCCCAACAUAUGAUGAUCUCACGAAUAAGCUUCCCUACCUGGACGCUAUAGUCAAUGAAGUUCUCCGCCUGCACGCACCAGCCAAGGAACUCCCACGAUCAGCUAUACAAGAAGACGUGAUCCCGCUCAGCAAGCCCUUGUGCACGGCUGACGGCAAGUAUACCGACAGUGUAACAAUUCCAAAAGGGACAGUGGUCGUGAUCCCGCUCGUCGCACUCAAUUGCUCAGUUGGCAUGUGGGGGCCUGACGCAAAAGAGUUCAAACCUUCCCGAUGGCUCGAAGAGGACACGGCAACGCAGGGGGCUAGAGAAGGCUUCCGUCGUCUAAUGUCAUUCGGCGGUGGCGCACGGAUGUGUGUAGGGAAGGUAUUUGCGUUGACAGAAUUCAAGGCCGUGCUGUUCAUCCUCAUACGAAACUUCGUGUUUGAGCUGGAAAACCCUGGGAUGAAGAUGGUGGAGAGUUUUGGGCCUAUAGCAAGACCGGGGGUGGCUGGGAGUGCUGAUCCUGAACGUGUGCCCCUCCGGGUGCGCCGUUAUGAGGCUUGAUUGUUGUCUGCAGCUUUGUAAUACCACUGUACUAUGAAAACUGCCUGUAACGUAUCAUAAAUUAUCAAUCUUAAGAUAUAUUUAUGUGCAUAAGGUCCCUUGUCGACCAGUUUCGCGAAAGAAUAGAUCUGAGCGGGAUGUGUGUGUAUCGUGUUGUACCUGUUUCCACUGCACAAAAAUAGAUAUUUUGGUUGCGAGCUGGCGAUAGCAUGAGUGAUGACAUGUGCUAUCUCGAGUGUUUUGGCGUUGGUUGAAUAGAUUGUGGAAGAGGUUGUAUUGUUCUUGGUGGAGGUAUACUCGUCGUGAGUACUUUCUUGGACAGGCCCAACAUAGACGAAGGCUAUAGGGACGUGUUUAACCAGCGAGAGGUCGAAGGAGUGAAUUCAUAUCGACGACGGCCAUGGUAAGUGCAGUCCCUGUCCAUAAGACCUGUUUAUUGCGUUGUAUGCUCUACACCUCCGCUACUAGCGACGGUGGAGCAUGGAUG